AUUUAAAACAAUGAAUGAUUCAGCAGCUGUCAAUAAUUCGAUUCCCCGUGGAAUCUUGAAUGCCACAAGCUACUCGUUGGGUGACAAUACAAACGCUUUCGAGGACAGUGAAAUCUGCGACGAUGAUGUCCUGCAAUUGAUGGAUAAACCGUUUUCUCAACUAGUAGAUGGUAUGCAACUUCGGCGGAACGAUCGCUAUGCAGGGUUUGACAAUAACGCUGGUGGCAGCUGGAUCUACCCGACUAACUACCCCGUACGGAAGUAUCAGUUCUCCAUCAGCCAGGUGGCCUUGUUCAAAAAUACGCUGGUCGCAUUACCCACCGGACUGGGGAAAACGUUCAUUGCCGCCGUCGUAAUGUAUAACUUUUAUCGGUGGUAUCCUCUGGGUAAGGUAAUUUUCAUGGCCCCCACAAAACCGCUGGUUGCACAGCAGAUCGAAGCUUGUUACAAGAUUAUGGGAAUUCCGAAAGAGGAUACAGCAGAAAUGACCGGAAGGCAAAACAAGAAAAAUCGGAGCACUUUGUGGAAUGAAAAGCGAGUGUUUUUUGUUACUCCACAGGUUGUGCAAGCGGAUAUGAACAAUCCAGAGUCAAACGUUCCCAUCGAAAGGAUAAAGCUUAUCGUGAUUGAUGAAGCUCACAAAGCAAAGGGUCACUAUGCAUUCGUCGAAGUCGUUAAAACCGUCGCUAAUAGUAAUAGGAACUUUCGCGUACUAGCUCUUUCCGCUACGCCCGGGCGUACACUGCAAGAUGUAGCUGAAGUAGUUCAAAAUCUUCUAAUUUCCCACAUCGAAGUUCGAUGGGAAAACUCGAUAGAUGUGUCACCGUAUACCUUCAGAAAAAAUAUACGUACGAUUGUGAUCCCUCUCGGGCCGAAACUAACGAAAAUACGCGACGAAUUCAUCCGCCUGGUGGAUCCUUACGUACGCCGAUUGCUGGAUGCAAACGUCAUCUAUGGUCACGUCGGUUCUCUGAGCAGCGGCUGGCUGCUGCAUCAACGCAAACGAUUUCAGGCAGAGUGUCUCAUCAACAGGCCUUCUAAUUACAGUACCAUCAAUUCGGAUUUCUCCGCUUGUUUGAGCCUGUAUCACGGGUUGGAACUGUUGGUUCGGCACGGGAUUCGGGCCUUUCUAAAUUAUUUUGAUUCCGAUGACGGUAACAAAGAGAAGUUUUUCGUGCUGCAGGAUCCCAAUCUAAGAAGCUUUCUAGCCGAACUGCGCGAGCAGUAUGGCUCGAACCCGUUGGGUGGGACGAACAGCGUAGGUCCAAUGCCUAAUGGAGAGCUGCCGAAGAACGCUCCAGGAGAGGAGCAGAUUGACUUUGGUCAUCCGAAGUUUGAUGUUCUGCAGCGGCACUUGACCGAACAUUUUCAGAAUCAUCCGGAAUCUAAAGUUAUCGUUUUCUGUGAAUUCCGUGAUUCAGUGGCAAUGAUUCACCGGCUAUUAUUGCAAAGUCGACCUACUGUAAGACCUAAGUGCAUAGUUGGUCAAGGCGGCUCGGGUUCGAGUGCUCCGUUACGGGCGGUUACGCAAAAAGAGCAAAUCGCUGCCAUGAAGGACUUUCGUUCCGGAAAGUUUAACACUCUGAUUGCGACUUGUGUGGUGGAGGAAGGUAUCGAUGUUGGUGAGGUGGAUUUGAUCGUUUGCUUCGACAUUUCCAAGAAUCAUACUCGGUUCGUACAGCGAAUCGGAAGAACUGGUCGACGGCGGGUAGGACGAGCACUGAUUCUGGUUACGGAAGGAAAAGAGCAUGAGACUUUGAAAGAAGUGCUGGCAUCGAAGGACAAAACCAACCAGCAGUUGUCGAAGAGUAAAGAUAUUUUGAAUGCGCUUUAUCGCCAAUCUCCACGGAUGGUUCCACCGGAGUUUGAUCCCAAGUGUGUGGAGACAUUCAUCAAGAUUACCGAUGAAAAUGUUACGGAUGCAGGGGCUGACAAAAUGAAACGAAAGCGAAAUCGUCGUCAGGAAGGAGAGAAUGAAGCAUCGGAGGAUGAAGCAUCAACGACUAGGGGAAGGGGAAAGAAACGAAAAAAGGAUGAAGCAGUGCGUGGCACACAGGAUGUGAGAAACUUCUUUCGCAAAGCUGAUCCAGAUUUGGAUGUCAAUGAGAGACAGGUUUUCUCUACUCCGCCGAAAGAUACGUCUACAGAUUCGGCUAACAAUACAAGUGUGAGCUUCAAAAUACCCGUUGAUGGUUCGAUUCGUUUGGGGAAGUCUGAAGAAGAGGAAGCAAUUGAAGGUUUAAUGAAGCCACUUCUUCGCCACAAAGCAAGACUGGACAGAGAGAGGUACCUCAACGGUUGUAAACUAUUAUGCCCGCAAAAGAAGAAACUCACUGAUUUCUUGAUUUGUCCUAAUCCGUUGAAAAAAUUGUUCUACGAAGCCGACAUGGACCAGUUAAGAACCAUGGUAGAGAAAAGAAACGUCUUGAAUUCGAUCGUUGAAGACACUGAAGAUGAUGUGAUUAUGCUGAACGAUGAGGGUAAUUGUUUGAAAUCGGAACUACAAGUUGUGGAGAGUAUUUUUGGAGGAAGUGCUGCUUUAAAAGAUCGUUUUGAAGAAAUUCAAGAAUAUCAAACAUAUUCCGAGCGUCUAAAACCACUGAAAGAACCUCCACCAACAUUCAUUGAGGAGAUCAGUGAGGCGCAAGUAUCGACAUUCAACGAGCUUUUUGAGAAAUUCUCUGCUUACAGUCUACGGAAAGUGUGUUUACCGCCAAAGAAAGAUAACAAUUCUCCUGAUAAAUCGCCUCUGCAGGCCGAUACAAGUGCAUCGAAUUUGUUCGAUUCACAGUUCUACCUGCCAGCCAUAAUCGAGCCGGAUAAUUCCAGCUAUGUGCCCCCGGAACCACCGCCUAAGCUGGAAAAAACUCCAAUUCGUCGUGUGAAAUCGAAAUCGCGGCUAAACGAGCUAGUAAAAAGUGAGAAACGAACGCCCGCUAAUUUGGCCAACAGUCCACUACUGAGAGCAUUUAAUCGAUCCGUUCAGAAAGCUAAGAAUUCGGAUUUCUCCUCCCCGAUUUCUAGUCGACAGCGAGCGAGUAACUUAUCCUUCCAGAUGGUGCUGGAAUUCUUUGGUUUGCGUGAGUUGGAUCAGAUUUUUGAAGACACACGUAUUGAUGAACAGCCGAAAACAUUUACGGAUCGCUUGGACGCGGCUGACCAGCGCAACGAAUCAGUUCUUGAGACGGAACAUAUAGCAGAGCUAAGUAAGAGCUUGUUCGAUUGCAACGAGCUGGACUUGGAAGCACAAGAGGCGGCCUUCCUGGCAAGUGAAUUUAGUCAGGAGAAAAUCGAAGGAAAUCCAUCGAAACAAUCCUUAUUAAAAUCAUCAUCUUCGGAAGGUAUUCAAUUGGAUGGCUUCCUGCGAACUUUUUCGGAGGAAAAGUCCCCGGUGAAACCCACCUCUUUCGUCAGCGAAUUUGGCCAAGGGGAAGUUGCCAAGACUUCGCCGAAAGACGAUUUGUGCAGCUCAAAACCAUCAUCACCGCUGGAAGAAGGUAUUCCAUUGGAUGAAUUUCUGCAAACAUUUUCCGACGACGAAUCGCCUGUGAAGCCAACUUGUUCAGCAGUCAGCAAUCAAAGCAAAAAGGUGUUGGAUCUGGAAAUCCAAAAAUGUCUGGAAGACUUGAUUGGAGAUGAAAUGGAAAGUCCCACCAAUUGCGAAAGCGCGAAUAGUGAUGAAAUAAUUCCCAGUUCACAAGCCGCUGAUGUUGCUGAAUCAAAGCUUAAAACAACUUUUAAUAAAAACUUAGACAUUGGAAACCUCGACGAUCUUUUCGCCGAUAGUGACGAUGAUUUGUUCGGUGGCGUCAAUGACCAAUACGAUGGUAAUGACACCGAUAAAACUAUAGAAUACGAUCCAAAGGACGUUCAAUCACGCAAAGAGAACUCCCCAAAUGUAAUGAAUCGGGAGCAACUUUUACGCAGCGAAACUGUCCUCAAAACUCCUUCAUCCAUUAAAAACGCUGCAACGUCAAAUUGCGGCGAAGACAGAUCCCCCUCCCUGCUGCGGAAAAAACUUAACUUUUCUCGUCUGCGACUGGCCAAACCGGAAGCUGACGUCAGCAAACUAGAAGUUAAUUCAGCGCCGGUGGCGCAUACAAUAUCAGCGCCCGUAGAUGGCGCAAUUAAAUCGGCAUUUUUUGCUUCCUGUCAACCACUGGAACGGGAUCCACCGGCUCGUGUUGCGGAAUUAAGUCGGCCGCUUGACGUUCAGUUCGGUUUCCAGCGGAAGCUUGCUACGGCAGACAUAUCGACGAUCUUUCCGCGAACAAAGCGGAAAGCCAUCGUUAGCAGCAGCGAUUCCGACGAAGACGAAGUUUUCCAAACGGCUCGAUCGAACAUCAAAUCGUCAUCAGAGCUGAAAUUAUCCAAUGGUACAAGGAUAACGAAUGGACCUCCGGUCCAUCGAAAGAGACGAAAACGAAAGAACAAUGUCAACGGGUUUUUCCUGAGUCAAGCUAACGUUUCGGACGAUGGAGAAGAUCACCAAGAUGAUGAUGACACGGAAGAGGAUAGUGCAUUGUUGGAAGAUGACUCCAUCAUUCACAAUGGCCCGGUGGAAAAUGAUGCCGUCGAUAUGCGAGCCAAAUAUUUGCAGUCAGUAAGGAGUCCCCUUCGCCGGGGUGGCUUCAAGAUUCCAGCAGCUCCGCUGCGUCAAAUGAACCUGCUGGACAUCUAUUCCCAGAUGCCGGACGAGCACGAUCAGUCGAAAUUUUACGAAGAAUGUUCGUUUAUUGUGCAUGAAAAUGACGAGCAAGAACACGACGAGGUAGAAUCGGAGUUGGAUGAACUGGACCGGGCGGAAGCUAUCCUGAGGGAGCGACGACGGGCAAAACGGAAAGGUCAGUCAUCGCCGUCGAUGCCCGCGGGAAAACGGAGACGAAAAUUUGUCCGCAUCGGGAGCGAUAGCGAACAGAGUUCGGACGAAGGGCAAGAGUUAAAGGCCUUUCGGCGGCAGAUGCUAUCCGGUUCGGAUGAGUCAGACUGAAAGGUCAUUUGCCAUGUGAGUACAAUCUGUG